AUGGAUAUUAAUAUCGACGAUAUUUUAGCUGAACUAGAUAGAGAUACUACAGCAGUGGACUCCACGGGCCACACCCAACAGGGAAACCAAUCAUCAUUAUCCACAUCAGAUAUUCCAGCAAAUAACACGACCAUUAUCGAUGUUUCUCCACAGCAAGACUUUAAACAAUUAAUGGUCCAUUGGAGAAAUGAACGUUGCUCUCCAGAAUUACUGUCAUACCCGGCACCACUCGUCGAAAGAAUGUUGAGUAGAAUUCAAUCACAAAUGGAAACUAUUGAAAAUAUUUCGAUGGGAUUUUUAGAAUCCAUGAGUCAGGGUCCCUCUGAUGAUAAUGGCGACAAGCUUACAUCACAUCAUAAUGACUCCAAAUUACCUUUACUUUGUAUGGAAGCUGAGUUAGAAAGGGUUAAAUUCAUUUUGAGAAGUUAUAUACGAUGUCGAUUACAAAAAGUGGAUAAAUUUUCAUUAUAUCUAAGACAAUUUGAUCCCAUACAAUUGGAUGACUUAUUAUCAGCGAAGGAGAAACUUUAUCAAUCAAGGCAUUCCGAAAUUUUGUUAAAGCUAUUAAAUGGAUCUGUAUUAAAAUUUAUGCCAGAGGAAUUACAAGCUAUUGAUGAUACUGAAGGGAGCGUGAAUAUGAUUGAAGAACCUGACUGGAAUAAAUUUGUUUUUAUCAUGGUUUGUGGACCCCCUGAUAAAUUAUUCAGUGAAGAUCCGUUAUUAUCGAAGAACGAAUAUGGGAAAUAUUGCUAUAACGUCACUAUAGCAGAAUUAAAGGAAGAUGUGGAAUUGACUCUUGAUAGUAUUUACGUAAUGAGAUAUCAAGUCGUUAGAGAACUGAUAAUGAGUGGGAAGGUGCAGUUGAUAUAG